UUUAACAAUUUGGGUCGCAUUCAUUUCACCGACAAACGAUUUACCAACCAUAAUUUCACCGACAAACUUUUCACAGACAGAAUCAUUUCACGACAAACAUUUCACCGACGAUUAUUUCACCGACACAAUCAUUUUACCGACAAACUUUCUACUGAUGAUCAUUUCACCGACGUUUCAAAAAUUUU